GUCUAGAGAAAGAAAUUUUAUCUCUGUAGUAGAAGAAAAUAGUGUUUCGACUGAGGUAUGGUAUAACUGGGAAUAUAUUAGGUACGUUUGAAUAUACCAAAAAUUUGAAUACGUGUUUCGUGUAUUCAAUACGUAUGCAGAGGUACACCAUAGGAAGUACUAUUUGCCGGUGAGUACCCGGUACUGGUACGGCAUAUUUGUCAAAGUACCCAUGCUUCAUAGUUGUAUAACUAUGUAGACAAUACUAGGCCUUAGUCUUGAAUGGAUGGAUAUGAGGCCUUUGCUGUGAAAAUAAAUUAGAUACGUGAAUAAAUUUUGCUCACUUGCUGUCCAUAAAAUGUGAAACAACAUUACAAUUUACAGCUACUUGAUUUGAGAAAGUCUUCAUAUUUAAGAAGUUAUUCUUUCUUGAUUUCAUCACCUAUCUCAUGGCGAUUAUUCUAUUUUGUAGAUAUUUGGGGUCCUUGAUGUGGAGAAAAAGGGUAGAAUAACAUUCAAGCAGGUGAUAAUCUCUCUUAGUUAUACAUGCGAUCCCCAAUUGGUCCCAACUUUGUCUGCACAAAGCCAAUACAGAGCCUCUCAUAGAUGGAAAAUCUAUUGCUUGUAGUUCCUGUAUGGGUCAGCUCAUGCCAUACAGCAACCACUUUCAGACGAGCCUGUGAAUUAGCCUUCGCUGAGUGUCACACUGGUGGAAACCAUUACAUUUCUGAGCAAGAAAUCCAUGAGCUACUCAAAUCAUUUGAUACCGAUAGCGAUGGGAGGAUCCACAAGGAUGAAUUUAUCGCCUGUUUAAGAAGAAAUCCGUUGCUUGUAGCACUUUUCUCUCCCCAGUUAAUGCACAAGAACUUGUCUGGAGCCGAUGAUACAUACGAGAUUAAAGGAGAUGGUAUGAUGGAUGAUGGGUUGAUGAGUCUUCUUGUAGAUUUGGCUCUAUGAAACAUUUUAGCUCUUUCACAGAGGGCUCAAGUGAGGAAUAGGUUAUUUGCAUAUAAUUCUUUCUUUUGAAAAUAGUCACUUAACUUCUUGUGGUUUGUUGAACAAAAUAUACCGUCUUCAUGAAAAUUAGCAAUGUAUUACACAUGUCUACGUUUUCAAAUAGUAAGGGAUUAUGUGCAUAUAUAGGGUUACAUUGAAGUGUUUAGUUUAGAAAAUGUGAUUAUUUAAGUUUAUUUACAAGUACUCAUAAAUUACAAGGAGUUAAUUGUUUAUUUUCAAAUGACAUGGGUAUUAUGUGCACAUAACUUGUACUAUAAAGGGAUAAAGUGAAAU